AUGGCUCUUGUCGCCCAAAGCGCAACCUUCAUCCAUCAGUAUCUCUCUUCAUUUCUUCUUUCAAAGCCCCGUAAAUCCCCCCAACCGCUGAAGCUAGGGAUUCUAUCAUCAGCGCAGAUCAACGCCGUUGCUGUUAUCCAUCCCGUGGAAACACACCCGGAUGUAAUCUUAUACGCUAUUGCGUCUCGCAAUGCUGCGACUGCCGCUCAGGCAGCAAAACAGUACAACAUCACCAAAUCCUACGGGUCGUACCAGGACCUCUUGGAUGACCCUGCUGUGGAUAUUGUAUACGUGUCCACCCCCAACGGCCAGCAUUAUGAAUGGACUUCCAAGGCCUUGCAGGCUGGAAAGCAUGUGCUAUGCGAGAAGCCGUUCACAUCGAACGCAGAUGAAGCAAAGGGCCUAGUGAGCUUAGCCAAAGAGAAAGGAUUGACUCUUGAAGAAGCUUUCCACUGGCAAUUCCACCCUGCAGCACAUGCAUGGCGGCAGAUUUUAGAGUCCGGCCAGCAUGGCAGAAUCUUGCGGACGAAGGCUGUGAUGACUGCUAGUCCCGGUGUACCAAAGGGAGAUAUCCGAUGGCAGUAUGAUCUAGGUGGUGGCUCCGCGAUGGACAUGACGUAUGCCCUAUCAUUUACUCGUUACGCUCUCCGCGCACGGCACCCUAAAACCAUCAACUCAGUCACUGCCCGUGUCUCCAGCGAUGAUCCACGAGUCGACGCGGCCAUGUAUGCCUAUCUGACUUUUGUCGGACCCCAGGAUACUGAGGUCCAUAGCCAGAUCUACACCGACAUGGAAAGACAGUGGAUUGCCGGCGUUGUCCCACGUUUCUGGGAGUUGCCUUCAAUCGAAGUGGAGACUGAGCGGGCCAUCAUCUUCUUCUACAAUGCGUUGAUGCCACAUCUGUAUCACUACAUCGCCGUCACCGACAAGACAACGGGGCAGACGCGGUACCACAAACAAUACAAAGGAGGUCCUUUGUGGGCCAACGUUAUGACGACCGGUGGAAAAGGUGGCAGUUCGCAUUGGAGUACUUACCGAUGGCAGCUGGAGGCGUUCGUCGAUGUCGUCAAAGGCAAAACACCCGCAUACUGGAUCACCGCGGCUGGUCUACCAGAUGUGUCAUCGCAAGGGAAUACAAGUAAUUUGGACAUAUGCGAAAGUCUCCUUGUCGCAUAUAACUUCUUAAAAGCCCGGGGUCCGAAAGACCUGUCCGGUGCUGACCAGGUUGCUACAAAUAAGAUAUAUGCCUGGGCAAGCGAUGCUGCGCUUCCGUCCCCAGUUUAUGCUCAGACAGAAGAACCAUCGGAUGAACAGAAAGAUGCUAUCUUGGAAGAUCAACUAAGGUCAAGGAUCGCCCUGGCGGUGCUUUCCUUAUUGGCUGAAUCACUCCCAAUAUCCAAAGCCGAGAGUGCGGCAGAUGUUGUCAUUGCAUUAGCCAGCUUCUCCUCCACAGAAGAUGCGUGGACAACGCAAGAAGCAUUCACAUGUGCCACUACCCUACUGGAUGCUUUCGCUUCAGCAACUGCUACAAACCCAGAAAUGAACACUAAAUUCUGGUCCGUGAUUGAAAGAAUCCUCAAGGACAGAAUCCGGCCACUCUUCGCAAAGACCAGAAACCCAGCCAUUACCUCUGCAGGACGCAAGAACUUCCACCCCGUCCCACUACCCCGAUUCGACGCCAGCAUCCUAGACCCAGAAACCAAGCCAUGGAAAAUCCAGGACAUCUACGCCACAACCGUCCUCUCCUGGAUAAUCCAGCAAUACAAACCCACCAACCAAAUCAAUCUCGAAGCCCACUUCCCCCUGCUCGUCCCCCCAAUCCUAGCCCUAAUCGACGACGACACAACCGCCAUCAAAACACAAGGCUGCAACCUGCUCAGAAAACUCCUAACCCCCAUCCAAGAAACCCAAUCCCCAAUCCUGCACCGCACAAACCUAACCUCCGUCUUCGAAGACGCCCUAAAACCCUGCCUCCUCUCCCUCCCCACCAUAACCCCGGAACCCGAAUCCAUUAGCCUCCUAAAAGAAGCCUACCCAGCCCUGCUCACCCUCCAAAAAACAACCUACACCAACACCCCCUCCUCACAAACCCAAACACAAUCCAACAAACUCGCAACCUACAUAUCCCGUCUCACAACCACCCUCCGCGAAAACCUCAUCCCCUCAUUCCACCACAUCAGCUCUACGAGCCCAACCUCGCUAUCACCGGACCUCGCAUCAUUCCCGUAUCCGCGUCUCUCGACGCUGCUUCUGGAGCAGGUGGUGACUGUCCUGGGAGAGCUGGGGAUCCAUACGACGAAGUUCCUGCGGGAGAUUGUGCCGCUGGUGCAUGAUACGCUGGCGAAUCCGUUUGGAACGGCGUAUCCGCCCUUGCUUUUGGGUGGCGUGGAGGUUGCGAGGGUGGUGGUUUUGAAUGCGCAUCCGCGGGUGUGGAUGUGGCGGGGAGAGAUAUUGGGUGCGGUGUGCGCGUGCUGGCUUCAUGUUUGUGAGGAGGAGAGGGAGAUUGUGGAUCGGGGUAAGAGGGGUGGAUUGUCUGGGAGUGAGGGUGCGGGUAUGGAGAGGAUUAAGAAGGAGUUGAGGGGUGUGGCGUAUUUGCUGAAGUUCGCUUUGCGGAAUUCUAUUCAAGAAGACGGUGGGGAGGAUCAGAUGGAGGCGAAGGAGAAUCUGGAAAAGGAGCUGCAAGAGUUGGUUGAUGCGGAGGAGAGUUUACGUGGUCUUCUGUUGGAGGAGAUUGAUGCUAAUGAUGGGAGCUUCUUCGGGGAAGUGUAG